GCGCGGUGAACGCAAACGCGCGCGUCCAUGGAUACAUGCGUGCACGCGUCAAUGCGACUGCUUCGUCGCAGCCUAAAUUGGGUAACUACUUUGCAUAAAGAUCCGUUUUUGCCGCGAUUGUCUUUGUAAAGGAAUACACUAGUAAACUGCUAAAAUUUAAACUUGAGAUUUACACCGGGGCACAAAAGAUUUACACUGGGGCACAUGCCACAGUAAAAGGGGUCUAGCGACGCCCCUGGUCAGUGAUGAAGGGAGAUUCGGUUAUUCUACACACUGAUACUGUGAAACAGACAGAUGAUCUAAUUGUGUGGUAUUAUGGACCUGAAGACAUUGUUAUUGCAAGAAUCAAUGAAAAAGAAAAUAUCAUCAUGCUAUCUGAUGAUGAGAGAUUCAGAGACCGAGUGAUGAUGGAUGAUCAGACAGGAGAUCUCAUCAUCACAAACAUCACACAUGAACACACUGGCCUCUAUACACUUAAGAUCAGCAGAAACAAUGCAGUCUUUUAUAUAAAAUCAAAUGUUACUGUCUAUGCUCGUUUGCCCGUUCCUGUCAUCAGUAGAGUUUCUUCUCAAUGUUCUUCAUCUUCAGUCUCAAACUGUGUGGUGUUGUGUUCAGUGAUGAAUGUGAGAGAUGUGAGUCUGUCCUGGUACAAAGGAAACAGUUUAUUGUCCCUAAUCCAUAUGUAUGAUCUCAACAUCAGACUCUCUCUACCUCUGGAGGUUGAACAUCAGGACACAAACACAUACAGCUGUGUGGUGAGCAAUCCCAUCAGAAAACAAACUCAACAUCUCAAUAUCGCUCAACUUUGUAAGCCAUGUUCAGUUUCUCCUGAACGGACAUUCAGUAUACUUCCAUUUGUAUUUACUGUUAAGAUCUGGGUUUUCUGCAUCAUCAUCUUUCUCUACAUACGCAAAAGAAGAAAGCUCAUAAAGCAAGUCUCGUGAAACCAUUACAUGCUAAAGAACCUUUGACUAAAGAAAGAAGCAGAUACUUCAGCAGCAUAUAUUGCAGAUGCUUCAAGGUUUCUGAAAGGACAGCAAAAAGGCAACAGACUGACACUUAUACAUCUACCUACUGUCUUAAUACACUGCUCACAUUUGUAAGGUAUGGCAGUGCCAUAGCUGGAUCGUAUCUGAUACCUGAAUCGCUAUUAAAUAUGGACAGCGUGGGGGUUAUCUCUGGAUGUUAACAUCAUAGAGGCCAGAGCCAGGUCUGUUUCUAGACGGUUCAUGCAUUCCCUAAAAGUGUUGAUAACUCAAUGACCUCAGUUGGAUGUUUACAACUCCUCCAAAAGUUUGAAAGAGAGCAGAUAUGUUUUAAAAGGUUACAGCUGGCCCUAACAGAGACUGGAGACAUGUGGUUGACACAGAGAAGCAUAUUUGAUGAAACCCACAAAGAACUGUCCUUUUUUGUCUUUUUAAAUAACCUGUAUACUAUGAAUAUGGUAGUGUGUUCUAGCAUCAUGUAUUCAAACAUCUGAAUGAAUAACAACUUAAUGCUAGUUUAAACCAUUUAUAUUUGGGAUCAAACUGUUUGUCUUUUUAUUUCUUCUUCAGUGAUAAAUAUUAAAACCCUUUAUACUCUUUAUUCAAUAAUUUUGUAUUUUGCAAAUGGACCAGGCUAUACAGAGCUGUUAAUGGGACAAAUAAACUCUCACCUGCUCAACACUGAACAUUCUUAAAGGGGUCAUAUGAUGAAAAUGUUAGCAUUGCCACUUUGUAGGUGUGAGCAAAAACAGGUCAUUGAAAUUUGGCUUUCAUUAUGAUGUCAUAAGGAUAUCUUAUUAGAAUAAUACCGCCUCCUUAAUCUGAACUCUGAAAGAGAGAGAAAAGGACGACUUGACAGCACAAUUGAGUUUGAAUUACAACAAACCACCAUCAUUGUGAUCAGUGUUUGCACUUUAUCCGCUCAUUUGCAUUUUAAAAAACACACCCAAAACGACACAUUUUUGGACUUGACAGCACAAUAGAGUUUCAAUUACAAUAAACCACCAUCAUUGUGAUCAGUGUUUGCACUUCAUCCGCUCAUUUGCAUUUUAAAAAACACACCCAAAACGACACAUUUUUGCUCAAACCUACAAAGUGGCAAUGCUAACAUUUUCAUCAUAUGACCCCUUUAACACUCUGCUCAACAGAAUGUUAAAUUAAAUCUCCUGCAGUUUCCUUAACAUAACACUAGAGGUCUCUAUUACACAACGCUAGAUUGUAGUUGAAGGGAUCA